GCCGGGCACGCCGGGCCCGCGCCAUGACGAGCCUGUUCCGCCGCAGCAGCAGCAACGGCGGCUCCCGCGGCGGCUCCUCCGCCCAGGAGCUCAACAACAGCCGCCCCGCCAGGCAGGUGCGGCGCCUGGAGUUCAACCAGGCCAUGGAGGACUUCAAGACCAUGUUCCCCAACAUGGACUACGACAUCAUCGAGUGCGUCUUGAGGGCCAACAACGGCGCCGUGGACGCCACCAUCGACCAGCUCCUGCAGAUGAACCUGGACGGCAGCGGCUGCGAGGACAGCUCCGACUCGGAGGACAGCAUCCCGCCCGAGAUCUUGGAGCGGACCCUGGAGCCGGACAGCUCGGACGAGGAGCCCCCUCCCGUGUACUCCCCUCCUGCCUACGAGAGCCAGGCCUUGGGCAGCCGCUACCCCCGCGCCCCACCCACGCCCCCGCCCAGGACGGACAUGCCCUGUCCCAGCAGCACCGUGCACUACAGGAACUGGAACCCACCACUGCUGGGCAACCUCCCCGAGGACUUCCUGCGCAUCCUGCCCCAGCAGACUGCCCCAGCUGGCACACAGGGCUCCCCCCGCUGCCGGCAGCCCGUGCCCCGCGGCCAGGGCUCGCUGGAGCAGGAGCGCCGCUGGAAGCAGUACCUGGAGGACGAGCGCAUCGCCCUCUUCCUGCAGAACGAGGAGUUCAUGAAGGAGCUCCAGAGGAACCGGGACUUCCUGCUCGCCCUGGAGAGAGAUCGAUUGAAAUAUGAGUCAAAAAAAUCCAAGUCGACUGGUGUUGCUGUCAGCAACGACUUUGGUUUCUCCUCAGUAUUAUCAGGUGAGGGAGCUCCCUCUGGAGCCGGCGAGGCCGGCGGGGCCGUGUCCGACGAUGCCUUAUUCCGAGACAAGCUCAAGCACAUGGGCAAAUCCACGCGCAAGAAGCUGUUCGAACUCGCCAGAGCCUUCUCCGAGAAGACAAAGAUGAGGAAAUCAAAAAGAAAACACUUGUUGAAGCACCAGGUGAUGGGGACAGCAGCCUCCACAGCAAAUCUUCUGGAUGACGUGGAAGGACAUGCGUAUGAUGAAGAGUUCCAGGCACGGCGGCAGCAGCUCCGUGAGGAGGAGGAGGCGCCGAAGGAGGGGCAGUAAAUGGUCCCAGCUCUGGGGUUCCUUGCUGGCACAGGACGUGCACGAGGCUUCAUCAGGAGAUGGCUGCAAAAGGAAAAACCCACCCAACAAACCACCCGGAUUUUGGCUGUUCCCCCUCUGCUGCUGUACUCCUCUGAAGUACAAGUAUCGAAGUGAGGCACAAUGUUUUCUUACCAAUGGUUUGAAAACGACUUUUCCUAUCGAGAAAAAAAAAAAGGCAAAAAAAG